AUGUCGUACGCCCACCUCUUCAAGUACAUCGUCAUCGGCGACGCAGGUGUUGGCAAGUCGUGCCUGCUGCUGCAGUUCACCGACAAGCGGUUCCAGCCCCUCCAUGACCCCACCAUCGACACCGAGGUCGACGUCUUCGCCUCCAAGAUGAUCACCGUUGACAGAAAGCCCAUCAAGCUCCAGAUCUGGGACACGCCAGGCGAAGACAGAUUCAGAUCGAUCACUAGAUCAUACUACGAUGAAGUUGAUGGAGCUCUUCUAGUUUAUGACAUCACCAGGAGGGAAACAUUUAAUCAUCUCGCGAACUGGUUAAGGGACGUGAGGCAAUUUGCAAAGGACAACAUGACAAUAAUGCUAGUUGGAAACAAAUGUGAUCUAUCUCAGAGGCGUACCGUGAGCUAUGAGGAAGGUAGGAAGUUUGCAAAUGAGCAUGGUCUGAUCUUUGUGGAGGCAUCUGCCAAAACUGCACAAAAUGUUGAGGAGGGUUUCGUUCAGACUGCUGGAGUCAUAUACAAGAAAAUCCAGGAUGGCGCCUUCUAA